AUGGCCGACAAAGAAAACGGGCGCGUCGCAUCGCGGGACCUGGGUAGGGCGUCGGCCACUGAUAUUGCGUCAACCGCCGAGAGCGAUCCGAACCAUGGCCUUCAUUUUGUUAGGCGUGGCGAAGCUUUGGCAGAAGCCUCAUCGAGCCAGGGAAGUAUCGACGGCUACGAUCCAGGUCUCAUGAGCGGCAGGACUCUCCUCACAGCGGCGGAAGAGAAAAAGCUGCUACGCAAGAUUGACUGGAGACUUAUGACUCUUUGCUCCCUUAUAUUCAUGUUCAAAAACUUGGACAGCAAUAACGCAUCAAAUGCUCGAAUCAUGAACAAGGGAACGAAUCAAAAUAUUAUGACUCAGCUCGGAAUUACAUCCAACGAGUACAAUCUCGUGACGGUUCUCUACUACGUUCCGUACAUUGUGCUAGAGGCGCCCUCGAAUCUUUUGCUGAAAAGAUUUUCGCCUUCAAAAUGGCAGUCAAGAAUUAUGAUUACUUGGGGUAUCGUUCUGAUGUGCAAUGCGGCUGUCAAAAACAAAGGUGGCUUGUAUGCGACUCGAUUCUUGUUGGGCGUGGCUGAGGCUGGCCAAUUUCCCGGAGUAAUCCUCCAGAUGACCUAUUGGUACCGUCCGGACGAGAUGUCUUUGCGACUGCUCUAUUUUUAUGUUUGCGGAAACGUCUCCGGAAUAAUUGGUGGCCUUCUUGCAUUUGCAUUCGACACUGUAUCUGGGGCCGGGGGCCUUUCCGGAUGGCAAUGGUUAUUCCUUACUGAGGGAAUUGCUACUGUCAUUUUUGGAGUUGCUAUCUGGUUUCUACUCCCGGAUUUCCCCGAGACUGCAACAUGGUUGACCGAGAGGGAGAAGAAGUUUAUCCAGGCCCGAUUACCAUCUAAUGCUCCUCGAGCCAAUGAAAAAGACUUCCAAAUACGGGAAAUCAUUGCGUCGUUGAAGGAUAUUCGGCUGUGGUUGUUUACGUUCAUCUGGGCAACCUUUACUGUGGGCACCAGCGGGGUGACUUUUUAUCAAUCCACAGUCAUUGCCAAUCUCGGCUUUACGAGCAUCGCUGCAGCUCAACUUCUAAAUAUUCCUAUCACGGUCUGCGGUCUCUUAUUCAUUGCCGCUACUGGUAUCACAGCAGAUCGUAGCCGGAUACCACGGCCGCUCUAUCCGCUCUCAUUCCUUAUUGUUAUCAUCUCCUGUUAUGGCGUAUUCGUCGCCUACCCAAGCAAUGGGGCAGUAUACGCCGUGACUCUGAUCGGAAAUGCCUUAACUGCAGGAUGGUACCCUGUUAUGUGGCCAUGGCGAGUUCAGACCACGUCUAGGGCCACAGGCUCCGCCUUCUCUAUUGGGUUUGUUAACAGCUACGGUCAGAUUGGGGGUGCCAUUGGUCCCCAGUUGUUCAGGAGCGAGUAUGCACCACACUAUACGGUACCUUUCUCCGUGGCUAUGGGUCUUGUAGGUGUUUGCGCGGUCUUGAUAUUGGUGACUUGGUGGGUGACUUGGGAUACCGAGCGUGACACGAGGCGGCUCAAGCUGGCCAAGAUUGCAGCCGAGAAGAGGGGGGAGACAAUCUUGGAGGAUGUCGUGGACAAAGACUUACAAGGCCGCUAG